AUGAGCGAUGGAUCAUCAAGGUUGAGCUUCAGAGAUUACCAACUAACGGCCUUAAAUUCAUUUGUGAAUCCAUCAUGUCAUUUAGCAGUUGAUAAUCUCAUCAUUCAUGGGCAACGCAGUUCUGGAAAAUCAUACACAUUACAAGAUUUCUUCGGAGGUAACCCGCGAUUACUCCAUUCUUGGCUUAAUGUUGCCGAACUCGUAACGUGGAAGCCAUUGUUGCAACAUGUGGCAAAAAGUAUAGCUGAUACGCUGAAAAAAGCGUUUCACAAGGUAGAUGUGGUUGAUCAAGAUGCACUGGAGGCCGAGGACUUUUUCCUUCUCAUCAAAUUUUUGCAAAUUAAUUUCAAGAAAUAUGAUUUUUUAGAGCACGACGUGAAUUUGUUCGUGGUGCUUGACGGAUUUGACCAACUCCAAGAAUUAGAUUUCGAACUAUUCCCAAAGUUUUUGAAGUUGCAUGAAGCGCUGCCUUCAGGGUCCAAAAUCCACCUGAGGUUCAUUUAUACCAUUCAAAGCAGUGCCUUUGUUUCGCGAUAUCGAACGUAUCUCAUACCUACUAUUGUAUUCCCCAGGUACAGGUACGAUGAAGUCAUGGCCAUAUUACUGAAAAAAAAGGCCAAACAAUAUGCUGAAAGCGAAACUCUUCUCAAGAGAGUACUAAGAUGUGGAAUUGAUCCAGAAGAUACCGUUUUUGAGCAAAUUGUUGAAAAUUACAUCAGACUCACGGUUCAAGCUUUCCACUCAUACACGGGUAAUGAUCCUGUUGCCCUCGAACACCUGUUGGACUGUAAAUGGGAAUCAUAUACGAAUGAGAUAACGGCUAAAAACGUUACUGAACCAGUACUUCUAUACAAAUCAAAUUUGAGCCUUUACUUGUCUACGGGAGAAACUUUGACAGAAAACACCGAGGAACAAAUUUCAGAAAACGAAGAGACAGCAACCUCGUACGAAUUGUCUCUAAUUUCGAAAUAUCUGUUGAUGUCGGCUUAUCUAUGCUCAUAUUUGGAUCCGCGGUACGACAGUAAGAUUUUUUCAAAAAAAUCACAUUUGAGAGCAGGCAGAUCCUCUUACGGACGUCGCAAUAAAAUGAGAAUGAAUCCUAGGUAUUUACAACCGUCCCUUUUUCCCCUAGAGAGACUUCUUUCGAUUUUUCAAGCUAUUUUCCCUCUUGAAGGUGUUGAAGACGAUACAAAGAGCUUUCGAACUAAAGAAUAUAUGAGAUCUAAUGUGGAGGUUUAUGAGAAUUUAGCUGAGCUCAAUACGCUCAAGCUGAUUAUGACAGCGGCUCCAAAGAAUGUAGAUUAUCUGAGCUACAAGAUAAAAUGGAAAAUUAACGUUCCGUGGGAAAUUAUAAAGGAAAUUGCAUCCACGAUAGACUUCGACAUUGCAGGGUAUUUCUCUGAUCUACAUAAUUAA